ACCUUUGAAAAACAUCCCGUCGGGAUUUAACAGUGGCCAGUGAUGGAGAAUCCACCUGGCCCUGGGUAAAUUGUUCCAAUGGUUAAUUCCUGUCACCGUUACAAAUGGACACCUGGUUUCUAGUCUGGAGUGUGUCUAGCUUCAGCUUCCAGCCAUUGGAUCGUGCUCGACCCGUCUCAGCUAGACUGCAGAGCCCAGCAGGAGCUAUUCGGUCCCCAGGGAGCUGAAUGGGAACAACAUCACCCGGAUCAACAGGAACGACUUCUCGGGGCUGAAGCAGCUGCGUGUCCUGCAGCUGAUGGAAAACCAGAUCAACGUGGUGGAGCGGGGAGCGUUUGAUGAUAUGAAGGAGCUGGAGCGGCUACGGCUGAAUCGGAACCAGCUGCACACGCUGCCGGAGCUUCUGUUCCAGAACAACCAGGCCCUGUCGCGACUGGACCUGAGCGAGAACCUCCUCCAGGCCGUGCCGAGGAAAGCCUUCCGCGGAGCCACCGACCUGAAGAACCUGCAGCUGGACAAGAACCAGAUCGGCUGUAUCGAGGACGGGGCCUUCCGCGCGCUGCGGGGCCUGGAGGUUCUGACACUGAACAACAACACCAUCAGCACCAUCCCCGUGUCCAGCUUCAACCACAUGCCCCGACUCCGGACCUUCCGCCUCCAUUCCAACCAGCUGUUCUGCGACUGCCACCUGGGCUGGCUGGCGCAGUGGCUCCGCCAGCGCCCCGCCAUCGGGCUCUUCACGCAGUGCGCUGGGCCCCCCCCGCUCCGCGGCACCAGCCUGCCCGAGCUCCAGAAGAACGAGUUCAGCUGCUCAGGACAAACGGACGCCGCCCGCGCCCACGUCUGCAGCCUCUCGUCCGGCUCCUGCCCCGCCAUGUGCACCUGCAGCAACAGCGUGGUGGACUGCCGCGGCAAGGGGCUGACGGCCAUCCCUGCCAACCUGCCCGAGGGCAUGACGGAGAUACGCCUGGAGCUGAACGGGAUCAGAUCCGUCCCGCCUGGGGCCUUCUCGCCCUACAAGAAGCUGCGGCGGAUAGACCUGAGCAACAACCAGAUCUCGGAGAUCGCGCCCGACGCCUUCCAGGGGCUGCGCUCGCUGAACUCGCUCGUGCUGUACGGGAACAAGAUCACAGAGCUGCCCAGGGGCGUCUUCGGGGGACUCCACGCGCUGCAGCUUCUGCUCAUCAAUGCCAACAAGAUCAACUGCAUCCGCGCCGACGCCUUCGGGGACCUGCAGAGCCUCUCUCUGCUCUCGCUGUACGACAACAAGCUGCAGGGCCUGGCCAAGGGCACCUUCGCCCCCCUGCGGGCCAUCCAGACGCUGCACCUGGCCCAGAACCCCUUCAUCUGCGACUGCAGCCUGCGCUGGCUGGCGGAUUUCCUGCGCGCCAACCCCAUUGAGACCAGCGGGGCCCGGUGCGCCAGCCCGCGCCGCCUGGCUAACAAGCGCAUCGGCCAGAUCAAGAGCAAGAAGUUCCGCUGCUCAGCCAAGGAGCAGUACUUCAUCCCAGGCGCGGAGGAUCAGCAGCUGAACAGCGAGUGCAGCAGCGACGUGGGCUGCCCCCCGAAGUGCCGCUGCGAGGCCAACGUGGUGGAAUGCUCCAGCCUGAAACUCACCAAGCUCCCGGAGCGCAUCCCGCAGGCCACGGCAGAGCUACGCCUGAACAACAACGAGAUCUCGGUGCUGGAGGCCACGGGGCUCUUCAAAAAACUCCCCCACCUGAAAAAAAUCAACCUGAGCAACAACAAGGUGACGGAGAUCGAGGACGGGGCCUUCGAGGGGGCAGCGUCCGUCAGCGAGCUGCACCUGACGGCCAACCAGCUGGAGUCGGUGCGGAGCGGCAUGUUCCGGGGCCUGGCGGGACUGCGCACCCUGAUGCUGCGAAACAACCGCAUCAGCUGCAUCCACAACGACAGCUUCACAGGGCUGCGCAGCGUGCGCCUGCUCUCGCUCUACGACAACCAGAUCAGCACCAUCGCGCCCGGCGCCUUCGACACGCUGCAGUCGCUCUCCACGCUGAACCUGCUGGCCAAUCCCUUCGACUGUAACUGCCGGCUGGCCUGGCUGGGCGACUGGCUGCGGAGGAGGAAGAUCGUGACGGGGAACCCGCGCUGCCAGAACCCCGACUUCCUGCGGCAGAUCCCGCUCCAGGACGUGGCCUUCCCCGACUUCAGGUGUGAGGAAGGCCAGGAGGAGACAGGGUGCGUCCCACGCCCACAGUGCCCUCAGGAGUGCACCUGCCUGGACACGGUCGUUCGCUGCAGCAACAAACACCUCAAGUCCCUGCCCAAGGGGAUCCCAAAGAACGUCACUGAGCUUUACCUGGACGGCAAUCAGUUCACGCUGGUCCCUGGGGAGCUCUCCUCCUUCCGAUCCCUGCAGCUGGUUGACCUGAGCAACAACAAGAUCAGCUCCUUGAGCAAUUCCUCCUUCACCAACAUGAGCCAGCUCACCACCCUGAUCCUCAGCUACAACGCCCUGCAGUGCAUCCCCCUGCUCGCCUUCGAAGGGCUCCGGGCGCUCCGGCUGCUGUCUCUGCAUGGCAACGACGUCUCCGGCCUGCCAGAGGGCAUCUUCGCCGAUGUCACCUCCUUGUCCCACCUCGCCAUCGGGGCCAACCCCCUGCACUGCGACUGCCGCCUGCGCUGGCUCUCGGGCUGGGUCAAAACGGGCUACAAGGAGCCCGGCAUCGCCCGCUGCGCCGGCCCGCCCGACAUGGAAGGCAAGCUGCUGCUCACCACCCCGGCCAAGAAGUUUGAGUGCCAAGGUCCGCCGGCCCUGAGCAUCCAGGCCAAGUGUGACCCCUGCCUCUCCAGCCCGUGCCAGAACCAAGGCACCUGCCACAAGGACCCGCUGGCCGCCUACCGCUGCGCCUGCCCCAGCGGGUACAAGGGCAAGGACUGCGAGGAGCCCGUGGACAGCUGCUCCAGUAGCCCCUGUGCCAACGGCGGGACCUGCCAGCCCCCGGAGCGGGAGGGAGCCGGGUUCACGUGCCUUUGUGCAGCAGGAUUCGAGGGGCCGACCUGCAGCGCCAUCACCGACGCCUGCCGGGACCAGGACCAGGCCUGUGCCAACGGGGGCACCUGCGUUCCUGGGCUCGGAAACGCCACCUGUCUGUGCCAGCCCCACUACACAGGACGGGCCUGCGAGGAGCUGCUGGAUCUCUGCUCCAUGGAGCUCAGCCCCUGCCAGCCCCGUGCCCAGUGCGUCGUCACCGCCGAGGGGCCCCGGUGUGAGUGCGCCCCCGGCUACGGGGGGGACAACUGCAGCCUGGACGAUGCCUGCCGGGACCACCGCUGCCAGCACGGUGCCCAGUGCCAGGCCGAGGGGACCGGCUACUCCUGCCUCUGCAGGCAGGGCUACAGCGGGCAGCUGUGUGAGCUGCCGCCUCGCGCCCAGCCCGGUCUCUGCCCGCGGGCCGAGUGCCAGAACGGGGCCGAGUGCCUGGAGCUGGGCAGCCGCGCCGUGUGCCGCUGCCCCCCCGGCUUCGGGGGCCCCAAGUGCGAGAAGCUGCUGAGCGUCAACUUCGUGGACCGGGACACGUACCUGCAAUUCACCGACCUGCACAACUGGCCACGGGCCAACAUCACGCUGCAGGUCUCCACGGCCGAGGACAACGGGAUCCUGCUGUACAACGGGGAUCGGGACCACAUGGCCGUGGAGCUGUACCAGGGCCACGUGCGGGUCAGCUACGACCCCGGCAGCUACCCCAGCUCGGCCAUCUACAGCGCCGAGACCAUCAACGACGGGCAGUUCCACACGGUGGAGCUGGUGACGUUCGAGCAGAUGGUGAAUCUCUCCAUCGACGGGGGCAGCCCCAUGACCAUGGACGGCUUCGGCAAGCCCCACACGCUGAGCAGCGAGGCGCCACUCUACGUGGGAGGCAUGCCGGUGGACGUGAACUCGGCCGCCUUCCGCCUCUGGCAGAUCCUCAACGGCACCAGCUUCCACGGCUGCAUCCGCAACCUCUACAUCAACCACGAGCUGCAGGACUUCACCAAGACCCAGAUGAAGCCGGGGGUGGUGCCGGGCUGCGAGCCCUGCCGCAAGCUGUACUGCCUGCAUGGCCUGUGCCAGCCCGACGCCGCCCACGGCCCCGUCUGCCACUGCGAGCCGGGCUGGGCAGGGCCGCACUGCGACCAGCAGGCCCACAGCCCCUGCCAGGGCCACAAGUGUGUCCACGGGGACUGCGUGCCCCUCGAUGCGCUCUCCUACAGCUGCCAGUGCCGCGACGGGUACCGCGGCGCCCUGUGCAGCCAGCCGGGGGAGCCCCACAACCCCUGCAACAGCCUGCCGUGUGUGCACGGGCACUGCCAGAUCUCGGCCCAGGGGGAGGCGUCCUGCGAGUGCCAGAGCGGCUACGCCGGCCAGCUGUGCAACCAAGAGUCGGCGUGCCGGGGCGAGCCGGUGCGGGAGCACCCCCAAGUGCAGCGGGGCUAUGCCAUCUGCCAGACCACGCGCCCCAUCUCCUGGGUGCAGUGCCGGGGCUCCUGCCAGGGCCAGGGCCAGGGCUGCUGCACGGGGCUGCGCCUGAAGCGGAGGAAGUUCACAUUCGAGUGCAGCGACGGCUCCUCCUUCGUGGAGGAGGUGGAGAAGGCCAGCAAGUGCGGCUGCGCCCGGUGCAUGUAGCGGCCGGUGGCGAGAAGCGGCAGAGCCGGGGCCCGCCGAGGAGAACGCCGCUAGAGACGGGGGGCGGAGCCGCUGGAGGCACCGCCCGUGAGCCGGGACUCCCACAGCCCACGUCGCUGCCCGGCC